GGGACUGCUGAGCAUUUCCCCCACACCUACUCACAACUGUCCUUUACCAGAACAAUAUCUACUAAAAAGACCAACUACAGAAACCAAUUAAGGGCGGCUGUUGAAACGAAGAUAUUAAUAUUUUAAGGAAAUUUCUAUUCAAGUAUAAAUCACAAUUAUGAGUGCCUCCGCUGUACAUCAUCACAGGUCCACUACGAAACAAUCCCACAAAUCUUUCAAGAGUCGACAUGCGACAAAAUCUUCUCUAAAAACUAAGAAUAAAGGUAAUUUGCCUAUGGCCGUGCAAACCGCAUGUAAACCAAGCUAAAAUUAUAUAUAGGCAAAGUCGAUGAGCCAGAUACCUUCAACCGGAAGAGUCCCCACCAGCAAAUGAUGUCGAAAAUGGAUCGCAGAAAUAAAAACCGCCAAAUAGCGCAAAAUAAGCACAAAGAUCUCAUCCGUGGGACCAAAAUAUUUGAUGGGCGGAAGGGUGCUCCGAGAAUUGUUGUGGUGGUGCCCUUGUGUGAAGAUGGGGAUGCGCAAGCUGCGAUUAGGCAAUUGAAGGAGGUGGAAGGUGAUAUUCCGGAAGUUGGGAUGAUCACAACUGGGUAUGUGUGCCCAUUUUCCACUGGGGGGAAAUGCUUAGGCUAAUGAAGUUAGAAUUGAGAGGUUCAAGCAGAAGAUACAGUGGAUUGUGGUGAGCCGAGAAUUGCUCUCAGUGCUGGAUGCUUGUAAAGUGGCAGACUUUGUAGUAUUAGUACUCUCCGCCAAGCAAGAGGUCGAUGAGCACGGAGAUCUCCUUUUACGCAGCAUUGAAGGGCAGGGAAUCUCAAACACCAUCUCGGUAGUUCAGGUAGCAGCUCUAUGACACUCUAAAAGAUAGGACCUGCACUAAUAAUUCUAGCACCUUGAAACUAUCGAGCCAGCCAAACGGCGACCGGAUGUCAAGAAAUCUCUCCUUAGCUAUAUUUCACAUUUCUUCCCUACGUUAAGCAAAGUUUACGCCCUCGAGUCUGAACAGGAGUCAUCAAACAUCAUCCGUACACUUUGCACGUCAACUCCAAAAGGUGUUCACUGGAGAGAUGCAAGGAGUUAUCUACUUGCCGACGAUGUGCGAUGGAAUGAGGACGAAGGUCUCGUAAUCGGUGGUGUAGUCCGUGGGAAAGGCCUGAAAUCAGAUAGACUAGUACAUAUUCCGGGGCACGGGGAUUUCCAGAUUGAAAAGGUCAGAGAAACUCCGCCAAUUCUUCCAAUUAUCAAACAGACAACUAAGCUAUUCUAGAUCUGUGAAUACCCCGACCCCACAAAGCCUGUAGAUGCAAUGGCCAUAGACACCGACACCCCUGGCCCCAAAGUCCUCGACGCUCCCACAGCAUCACAAGAUGACCUAGCAGACCUUGCUCCAGAAGUGGCCCACAUGUCAGAUACCGACAUACCAGACGCCAUAUCUGAAGCCCCUACAUCAAUAGCCACUACAUCCCGCAAGGGAGUCCUCUUAGAUGGCCACCAUUAUUUCGACGACGAAGUUGACGAACCCGCCGCCGCCACCCCAAGCCAUCCAAGAAAACUCCCCAAGGGAACAUCUGCCUACCAAGCCGCUUGGAUACUAGACGACGAUAUUGACAGCGAAGACUCAGGGGUGGAAGACAACGAUGAAGACAUGAAUAUGACCUUUGAUGAGCCCUCCGCCCGUCCUGAGGACGGCGAGGAAGGCCUGGCACAACCGGCAAUGACAGAAGCCGGCACCGGUUUUGGCGACGAUGCAGAAUCCGAGAUGUUCCUGGACCCUGCACCGGAGCAAGAACUCCAGCAAAUUGCAGAAUUCCGCAAGUCCCGGGUGACUGAAUCAGCUGAAGAUCAAGAAUUCCCUGACGAGAUAGAGCUCCAUCCAAAUGUGCUUGCCCGCGAGCGUCUUAGCCGAUAUAGAGGGUUAAAGUCUCUCCGCACUUCCACCUGGGAAGCAGAAGAAGACCGCCCCUUCCAACCCGCAGACUGGGACCGCCUGGCGAAGGUCACAGACUACAAAUCCGCCAAAAACAAACUCACCCGCGAAGCCCUUGUCGGCGGCGUUCCCGCGGGCACAAAAGUCCAAAUCUACAUCCGAAACGGCCCCGCCAACCUCGCCAACCACGCCGACCCCCCUACCACCAACAAACCACUCACGAUAUUCUCCCUCCUAAGACACGAACACAAACAAGCCGUUGUAAACCUCUCAAUAACCCCCUCUUCAAGCCUCGCCACCCCCAUAAAAUCCAAAGACCAAAUUUUGGUGCAAGUCGGCCCCCGUCGCCUCCUCGCAUCCCCACUCUACAGCCAAUCUAAUGCCGCAGGUAGAAACAAGGUAACAAAGUUCGAACGCUUCCUGGUCCCCGGUCGAACUUCAAUCGCAACAUUCGUCGGCCCCCUGCUCUGGGGAAACGCUCCAGUAAUCUACUUCCAACGCCCUGAAGCCUCCGAAGUGUGGAACCUGGUAGGAACAGGUAGCUUCCUAUCAGCUGAUCAAAGCCGUAUAAUCGCAAAGCGCAUAGUCCUGACCGGCCACCCCUCCAAGAUCCACAAAAAGUUGGUCACGGUGCGGUACAUGUUCUUCAACGCUGAGGAUGUGGCGUGGUUUAAGGCGCUGCCGCUGUUCACGAAGCGCGGGAGGAGUGGAUUUAUCAAGGAAAGUUUGGGGACGCAUGGGUAUUUUAAGGCUACGUUUGAUGGGAGGAUUAACCCACAGGAUGCUGUUGCUAUAAGUAAGUUUCCUCUUCCUCUUCGAUGGUGGUUGGGUGGUGGAAUUUGGAGCUAAUGGGAAUGCAGGUCUUUAUAAGAGGGUUUUCCCGAGGGGGUCAGUAGAGUUUAGGGGGUAAGUGGGGGUAGCUGUCUAGACGCACACCUUUUUACCGUAUCAUAACAAAAAGUUUCUUUACCAGAGAUGGCUAUGAACUGGGUUUCCUUUUUUCUUUGUUUUCUUUUUUCCUAUAUCCUUCUUGGUUUUCUGAACUCUCAUUGCUAGCUCUUGUGCCCGUGCAUUUUGUGUUGUACCUUACAUUCGCCUGUUGAUUGGCCCCUCUUCAAUUGCCCACCUCGCCGAACCAUGCACCCAUCCCCCGGAUCAAAUCCACUCAAAGAAACAUCUACAGACAAGGAGGAACAAAAAUCCACUCCUACCAGCAUAUCUCUUCUCAAUCCCUUCAAAAACUAGAGGACAGCAAACACCAGACUUUAUCCCCCCCUCUCUUUCUCCCCUUUCUUCUCUCCAGCUCACCAACCCUAUGCGCAAGCCCCGCAGAUGUAACCCCUGCACGAGCUCCCACUAAGCUUAGUACUCUCGAGCUUCCGCAGCACCCACCGAGGUCCUGUCUGUUUAGUAUCAUACUGCACAUGGACGGACUCUGUCGGCGUCCCCUUCCCCAGAAACACCUCCCAAUUCCAGAGCCUGCACGCACCCGAGAAUUAACAUGCGCUAGAAUCUUGGUGUUGGUGUCACAGAAUCCAUUUUGGUAAAAGCUUUACAAUCAAGCAGAUGCAGCAGCAACUACAAAGCGCCUCUCCAAGGCGAUGUCAAUUGGACAGCAGUGUCACUACGUGGGAUCAUACUACUAUGGAAGUUA